AUGCCCAUCCGCGUGUUUCUGAGGGACUCUCCUCAGCGCGCCAUCGCCCUGGCCACAGAUACUCAUGUUCUCAUCUUCCGACAUAGUCCGUCGGCUAUCAACCCUCGCCAAGGCUCCGUCUCGUCGGUCAACGAGGGCGGCGUUCCACGAUGCAUCGUCGAAUUCUCACCAUGGGAAAGCCAAGACAUGCAAGGCUACCGAGCGCUGUCUGCGUCUCAGCCCGUACACGGAACACUGGGUCUUGUCACUCUGAACGGCGACGUAUUUCUCUGCGUCGUGAAUGGCAGCAGGAAGGUCGCGACGAUCCGGCCUGGUGAGACGAUCCAAAGAAUCCAUUCGGUCGAGUUUCACUGUCUCAAUUCUUCCACCUAUGAUCAUCUGCUGAAUGAUCAGGUCAAUCCGUUUCCAACAGAUGACCUCGAUGCGGAUGGCUACGACCACGGAGGUCACCGGGAGCCGCUCAAUGAGCAUCCUUGCAUGGCCCUGAGGAAACUACUCAGUGGCGGCAGCUUCUACCACAGUGCCGACUUCGAUCUCACCAAAAGGUUGCAGGAUAGACCGACGGAGGCCAGCACCGUUGCAAUCGACAGCUUGGACGGCGGGUUCCUGUGGAACACAUAUAUGAUUCAGCCCUUGGUGGAUUUCCGCUCAAGACUGUCAUCGCGAGAGAGGCAGGCGCUUGAUCAAUCUGGCAUCCUGACAUCAGCAAUCCGUGGCUUUGCAAGUACAGUCACAGUCCCCGCAUCUUCCUCUCCUUUGCGAGUGAAGGCGACAGGGAUGCCAUCGAGCAUGACCUUGAUUUCGCGUCUCUCGUGCCGCCGAGCUGGAACUCGGUUCAAUGCUCGAGGUAUCGAUGAUGAUGGCAAUGUUGCGAAUUUCGUCGAGACAGAAACGAUCUUCGCGACAGAUGCCAUGAUCUUCUCCUACGUCCAAUGCCGUGGCAGUGUCCCGAUAUUUUGGGAACAGGCAUCGGGACUCCCAGGUCAACAGAAAAUACAGGUGACCAGAUCUGUGGAGGCGACACAGCAUGCCUUUGAUAAGCACUUUCAAAGACUGGUGGAGAACUAUGGAGAUGUUGUGGCAGUCAAUUUGCUGAGUGACGAGAAGACCCAGGAAACGCAGUUGACUCGGCAAUACCUACUUCACAUCAGACAGAGUACACUCAAUUCGGGUGUCGAGAAGGGCGGAGAAUCAGAGCACAAACACGUGACCGCAGUCAACUACGACUUCCAUGCGGAGACUAGAGGGCCGAAUGGCUACGUUGCUGCAAGUGGAAUCAGACACUCGAUUGAGAAUUCCGCAUUGGCAUUCGAGUAUUUUCUUGCAGAGGACAAGCAAGAAAUCAUCCACCAAGAUGGCCGUCAGGCCACAGUUAUUGGGCGAAACGACAUCUUGAAGCAAGCUGGCGUUUUUCGUACCAAUUGCUUGGAUUGCCUUGACAGAACCAAUCUGGUGCAGACCAUCAUUUCGCGGAUGGCUUUCGAAAUCUUCCUGAAACAGGAAGGCGAGCGUAACCCAACAUCUGACUUUUGGGCCAGACAUGGCACGCUUUGGGCGGACAACGGGGAUCAGUUGUCGAAGAUUUAUGCUGGCACCGGAGCGCUGAAGUCUUCUUUCACGAGGUCUGGUAAGAUGUCCCUGGCUGGUACUCUGGCAGACCUUCGAAAAUCUGCACAGCGGUUUUACAUCAACAACGUGGAGGACAAGGGCCGACAAGAGACGAUGGAUAUGCUGCUUGGUCGGCUGAUAGGACAGACACCGGUUCAUUUGUACGACCCGAUAAAUGAUUGGGUCACGUCUGAGGUCGCCAAGAGGUCUCCAGAAUUCACCACAUCCGAGAAUAUCAACAUCUGGGUCGGUACAUUCAAUCUGAACGGGAAGACUCGCGGAAUCGAUUCGGAUCUUAGCAUCUGGCUGUGCCCUAACGUCGAGGAGAAGUGCAGGUGUCCAGAGAUUGUUGCCGUUGCGUUCCAAGAGAUAGUGGAGCUCGAUGUGCAACAGAUCAUGUCCACUGAUCCGCACCGCCGGCAGGUUUGGGAAGAGGCUGUGCGCAAAACACUCAACGCGAACUCGCAGAGGUACCGUGGAGAGGACUACGUUUUGCUGAGAGGCGGUCAGCUGGUUGGGGCCUCACUAUCAGUCUACGUUCGCGCGAGUGUUCUUCCACUGAUCAAAAACGUUGAAGGCGCUGUCAAGAAGACUGGUCUGAGCGGUAUGGCGGGAAACAAAGGUGCGGUUGCGAUUCGGAUGGACUUUGCAGACACCUCGAUAUGCUUGGUCACGGCACAUCUGGCGGCCGGAUUCGCAAACUACGAAGAGCGAAACCAGGACUAUCGCACAAUCUCAACUGGCCUACGCUUCCAAAGAAACCGUGCAAUCGAAGAUCAUAAGACCAUCAUUUGGUUUGGCGACUUCAACUAUCGAAUUGGAAUGGAAAACGAACGAGCGAGGCAGCUAAUCAAGAAGCGGGAUUUAGGUCAGCUGUACGAGAAUGAUCAACUGAACCUGCAGAUGGUGCAUGGAAAAUGCUUCCCUCAUUACUCGGAGCAAACACCCACUUUCUUGCCAACUUAUAAGUUCAAUCUCGGUUCAGACGAGUACGAUACCUCGGACAAAGCUCGCAUCCCAGCCUGGUGCGAUCGUAUUCUCACACGAGGCGACAACUUACGGCCGCUUUACUACGACUCUGCACCUUUGCGCUUCUCGGACCAUCGACCUGUGUGGGGGCUGUUCACUUGUACCAUCAGUGUUGUCGAUCAGGUCAAGAAGGACACCAUUAGCAAUGAGCUUUAUACUAAGCGUAAGACAGUCGUUGGAAAUCAUACUGCUUCGCAAGGGGCUGAGAGCGACGAUGAGUCACUCUAUGGGUACGACUCGAUCGAGCCUGGGCUUCCACCUGCAAGCUCGGACAAGAGAAAGUGGUGGCUAGACAACGGCAUGCCAGCGCGAUCAACAGUCCUGCCUCCGAGUGCUGGUCAUGUGCCGAACCCAGCACGACCUGCCAAUCCCUACACGCCGAGCAACGAGCCAGACUGGGUCAAGGUUGAGAAGCCUAACACGCCUCCAUCUCAGUCGGCAUCGCUCUACAGCAAUGUACCAGUACAGUCGCAGCGUGGCGUGGUGCCUAGGAAGCUCGCGCCACCCUCCAAACUUACUGAUGCGCCAACACAACCUCAUAGACCGGCCAAUGUCGACGGGGUAGCGGAUGAACGAGUGCAUCUUAAGCAGACACUCCGGAAGCCCGCGCCACCGAAACCGAACAAGCCGAAUCUCCUCAGAUCUGAAAGCCAGCAGUCUGAACAAGCAACUGCUUCGAUCAAGCCCGUUGCAGCCCCUCCACCGCCAGAGCCAAGACGGACAGGUACUCCGGCUUGGAAUACUGCGAAAAGUGUCCUGCCGCCUCCUCCACCGAGAGCCAAUGGCUCUGUUGACCGGACACUGAACAGUCCGCCGCCGCAGCCACCGCCGCCUAGGAAGCCGGUGGCUUCGAGUAGCGCUGACCCAGGUCCUCCGCUGCCACCGCGGCGUCAGACGGGCUUGAUGGACGACGAAGGCGAGAAAGAAUUGAAAGACUGGGUGCCGUUGAAACCACAGUAG